AUUAGGUAAAAAAAUUGAAUUAUUUUUAGGUGAUGACUACUACCACGCAUCUUAUGUGAAAAUCAGCGACCACCUCAAUUUCAUUUGUGCGCAAGGCCCUUUGGUAAAUACCAUCGAGGAUUUCUGGUUCAUGGUUAUACAGGAAGAUUCAAAAGUAAUCGUUCAGCUGUGUCAGUGGAAUGAGGAUGGCAAAGUGCAGUGUGCGGAGUACUUCCCGAAAGAUGAAGAAGAAUGGAAGGAGUACGGUGCAAUCCGUGUUCAAGUUGUCGAGAAAACAGAGCCGAUGAAGCAGCUUCGCAAAGUUUAUCGAACAAAAAUACGAGCUGUAUAUAAAAACAAGGAUCAUGAGGUAUUGCAUUUACUGUACGGUGGCUGGCCUGAUCACUUUGUAGCCGAAUCGACACCGGUAUGCCGAGAAGUACGAGCUCUUGCCCUUAAACUGUGUGAAAAGAAGCCUGCCGUCAUUCACUGCAGUGCUGGUAUCGGAAGGUAAUA